AACAAUGAAUACAAUGUAUAAAUAUACAACAACACAUAUAUUUAUAUAUAAAACUACAAAUAAGAAUAAACAGCAACAUUUGAUAAAGACAAUUCGAUUAGAAAUAUUGGGAUGUUCGUUGAAAUUAUAUUUGUUUAAGGGGGGAACAUCGUUACUCUUUCACAAAGUGAGCAAGGGAAAAAAUCGUCAGACUUCCCAUAGUGAACAGUUUCUGAUAUGAGUUAUAAUCAAAUAAGUGCACACCUAUCCUUUGUUUUAAAACCCUUAUCUGGUUCAAAGGCUAAUACGUGUGUCUUCCCAGGUAUUCCUCAGCACUAGACGUGGGAGUUGGGUGUUGAACCGGAUAGGGCCCAAUGGUCUUCCCAUUGACAUGGCGUUUGCAUCCAGGUUGUUAACGUUUUUGAGAACAAAUGUGAUACCGGUUGGUAUGAUGGAAUCAAUGGCACGUUCUCAAUUGAAUAAACGGUUUGAUCACGCAGCCUACUCAUUACAGCCUAAGCAUGAUGUCUUUGCACAACAUCCCACAGUAAACGAUAGCCUUCCAAACCGUAUAGCCAGUGGAUCUAUUAAAGUCAAGACGGAUAUCAAGUGCUUCACUGCAACUGGUGUCGAAUUCACAGACGGAACGAAGGAGGAGAACAUCGAUGUUGUGAUCCUUGCAACUGGCUACAUCUUCGGAUUUCCUUUCAUUGAUAAAUCCGUUAUUGAUGUACAGGACAACCGCAUAGAGUUAUUCAAAUACAUGUUCCCACCUAACCUCAAGAAGCCGACAAUUUGUGUUGUUGGAUGUGUGCAACCUAUUGGCUCCUUAAUGCCAAUCUCCGAGCUUCAGUGUCGGCUGGCUGCUAGAGUGUUCAAGGGUGACGUCACGUUGCCGUCCAGUGAUGAGAUGUGGGCUGACAUCCGGCAGAAGGAAGAGGAAAUGCGACACGUUUAUGUUAAAUCAAAACGUCACACGAUACAGGUCCACUGGAUCCCGUACAUGGACGAGUUGGCCACACUUAAUGGCUGUAAACCCAACCUAGGUGUGAUGUUACUGAAGGACACACAAUUGGCUAUGAAGUGUUUUUUCGGGCCGUGUACCCCCUACCAAUACAGACUCGAGGGGCCGGGCAAAUGGAGCGGGGCAAGAGACGCUAUCCUCACACAAAUGGACCGCACAUUGAACUCCUUGAAGACGAGACCAUUGGGAUUUGAGUCCAAAAAGUCAGGAGGAGGGAAAUUAUAUGUGUUCUUGUUCAUAUUCUUUGUACUGCUGGCUAUUUUAUAUAGGCUACUAUUGUAAACAAUGUGGUUUUCGUGUUUGCUGUCUUACUUAGACCAUGUAUUUAGGAUGCAGUUGGACCAUUUGACAGAUAAUAUAUGCAUGUGGUUAGUUUGUUUAAGUAAUUUACAAGAAACGACACGCCGAUAAACGCAGGGUUAAAGCAUCUUUAUUUAUGACAAUUAAACCUCGACUUUUUCUUGUUAACAUUUGCGUACUCAAAACAAUCCUUUUUCGGAUCCGUGGACUGUAUCUAUUAAUUCAUCUUCCUUAUGGAACAAUCAUUCCUUAAUUACCGCUGAAAUACAAUAUGGACUCCAUAUCUUUAAUGGAUUACGUUGUAGCUGACGUAAUUUGUAUCAAAACAUUGUCAUACUGUAAAGCCUUUAACCAAAAAAAUCACAGUUUUAGUGGAGGCAAGGUGACUAUACACUGUGCUUUUUAUAGCGACUGCUCUUUAUCUUAGAUGAAUAACAUUUUGGAACUUCCAUUAACGCAGAUCGAUCAAAACUUUACAAGAACCAUUUUGUCGCUCAGACUGGUUACAGUUGGAAGGCAUUUUAACAGGCAACCCUCUGGAAUGGCAACUUGUCCAACUCUUGAAAGGGACUCCCCUCAGGAUCAAACUGGUCAAUCUGGACUAGAGAAAUGGGUUUUGGCGUUUGGUUUACAUGUAGGGGACAUAACAUGAUAAUAUUGUUGAGUUCGUUCAAGUUCAAGGAUUUCUAAAGUAGUUAUAGGUGUAGAAAUUUCCAUGUGAACUCUUUUAUUGUUUGUUAUACAAAAUGUGCUGCGAUGCUUGAUUUUUGUUUAAUAGAUUACGAUUAUAAGUACUAAGUUGUGGUCCAUAUUAGCUGAUUUGUUUUCUUACAUUAUUUGUAAGAUAAUAAGACAUGUGUAGUAAGUGAGUUCACAUUUCAGUUAUAAAACUAAGACAAGAUUCAUUGCGCAAUAACAUGGAUAAAUGUCAACAAUGGACGUCAGCAUCGGUAUCGGUAAAAGAUUUGGAGUCAAGCGCAAAUUAUAUGAAGCUGAAAGUAUUCUAAUGACGAUUCUAUUUGUUUUGUCUAUUUUGGAUAAAUAAGGUAGAAGCCAUUCAUUUACCUAAUCAUAAACAUGUUACUAUAUUUUUUAAAUAACACUGUAAAAAGACCUUGUAUUUUCUAUAGAAAUAUAACCAUUAUAUAAUAUGUCUGGUUUUAGAUACGUGUAAUUGAUGCAAGAGUUUAUGCAUUUUUGUUUUUGGAUUUCCCCUAUACAGAAAUUAUUCUUUUUCAGGUUAUUUGUGAUAAUUUGUAAAAACAACAAAGAAUAUGGGUAUUUUGAAUUUUCAUUUUAGAUUGAUCAAAUGGUGACAAUAUCAGAAUUAAUACGAAUUGAUAGCACUAAACUUUUUAUACAUAAUUUUAUUUAAAUUGAAAUUAUAACGAUGGUACAAAAUUGUUUGGUUAUGCCAAGUAUACCUGAAAGACAAAGUCAGUUAAUUACUUUUGCAUACACCGCUUCACAGGUAAUGCUAUGUGUUUAUAAUCUUAACGACGGAAUCAGAAUCGUGGCAAUUCGUUUUAAAAUAUAUAAAGAAACAUGUUUACGCCACUCAAUAAUGCCGUUAGAGGAGCGAAUAAAUCACAUAUCCGUAAUGGAGCAGUUCAUGAACCGCAUGAACAUUGAUACUACUGUAGUAUAUUUGUCAACAAAAUUGAUCCGAUUUGAAUAUGACGACACAGAUAUUAUUGUCAACAGAUCAUGACUAGAACAAUUACUGUAUAUGUAUGCAUUACAUUGUAUAUAGAUAUGGUAUCGUUUAUGUUUAUGGCUGGAAAUAAUAAGGAUGUAAUGAUUUCCUAUGAACAGAGAAAGCUGAAGUAUAUAUUUUUAUGAUCAUAUAUAUGUGUCUGUUUAAUACUAAUUACAUUGUAUAACGUCUCAAGUUGACAUUGCUGUUUUUGUAGAUGUCUAUUACUGCUGUAUUGUUAAACAGAACGUUGAUUGUAAUAAGACAAUACUUUGUACAGAUGAUUUUCUUGUAUAUUAUACUUAACUAUUAAAUGAUACUGUAAAUAAACAUAUUGCCGCCAGUUA